GACGUCAUCAGCAGUGGCCAAGCAGUGAGAGGCUGGCGGUCUGAUUGAGUGUGGUUGGAAGGAAGCGGAGCUUGUAUUCCCGGGAUGAAGUGAGCCUUGUGAUCUGCCAGCAGUACAGAGUUCUUCCCAAAGUUGUCUAUACUGGCCUGUUUCCUCAACUUAAACUUCCAAACAUCUCCACAAUCAAUUGCUUGAUAGUUGGAAAUGACAACACCCAACAAAACCCCACCUGGUGCCGACCCCAACCAGCUGAAAAGAACUGGAACUGUGCGAGAAAUUGGCUCUCAAGCUGUCUGGUCUUUGUCUUCUUGUAAACCAGGCUUUGGCGUCGAUCAGUUACGAGACGAUAAUCUUGAAACCUACUGGCAAUCUGAUGGCUCUCAACCUCACUUAGUGAACAUUCAAUUUCGACGCAAGACUACCGUGAAGGCUUUAUGUAUUUAUGCUGAUUAUAAGUCGGAUGAGAGUUACACACCAAGUAAAAUCUCGGUCAGAGUAGGUAACAACUUCCACAACCUACAAGAGAUUCGGCAACUAGAAUUGGUGGAGCCCAGCGGCUGGAUACAUGUGCCCUUAACAGAUGCACAUAAAAGACCAAUCCGAACGUUCAUGAUCCAGAUAGCGGUUUUAGCAAAUCAUCAGAAUGGAAGAGAUACUCAUAUGCGACAGAUUAAAGUGUUCACACCGGUGGAAGAAAGCUCCAUAGGCAAAUUCCCCAGAUGCACAACUAUUGAUUUUAUGAUGCAUCGUUUCAUUAGGUGAUCUAACCAAGAUCCAAUAAAUGGUUGGCAUUGACUUGUUCCUAUAUGGACACUUUUAUUUUUUUAUUGAUGUAGUAAAGUAUAAUUUUAUUCCAUGGCACCAGGUUUUUAUUAAGUUUCAAGCUGUUUUAUUCUAAAAGGAAAAAGUAUCCAAUAUCAUUUUCUCUAUAAUCACCAGUUUAUGUAUUGUGAUGUUCAUAUAUAUUUUUUCUUUUUAAUGUUUACAAUUUUACGAGGGAGUAAUUUAGCUAAAACCGAUAUUAUUUGCUUGAAUAACUUUGGAACUGUCUCCAUGCCGCUACAGGUCGACUUUCAUUUUCAUCUUAUGUUAUUUCCUAACUCAGUUUAAAGAAGGUAUAUUUGGACAAU